AUGAACAAUGAAGAUGUCGCUAAUUUUCCCGAUUCGAUCAUUGAAGCAAUGAUGAAUUGGUCAUUCAACAAUACUCAAAAAGCUCAGGCUGGCGGGGUUACACCGAUUUAUAAAGCUCCAGUUGGAAAAUAUGAUGCUAACGAGUUCUACAAUUAUGGCGGGUACGGUCAAGACUACGAUUCAUCAAACCCCAACUUAGACGUACAAUUUUACGUGCCCGAUCAAAUUGAUCAACAAAAUGGUGCAUUGCCUUUACAGGCCUGCUAUACUAGCAACACUUAUACUGUAUCCGAUUUCAACCAAGAUACUAAAGAUUGUCAAGUUGCCAAUAAUACUUUGAGUGGCAGCACUGCUGAUCCUGGAACUCAAGUCGCUGUCCAAGUAUCUCAAGGUUAUUCUUUGGCAGUCACUGCAGACACUUCAAUCACACAAUCAUACACUGCAGGAAUCACAGUCACACUAACGUAUGGAUUCGAUGCAGAAAUAGAACAAGAUACGGUGGCUGCCGCAGUCAGUUUCUCGUAUAGUUAUUCCUCAACAACGGAUCAUUCAGUAACACAACAGACAAAUACGCAAACAACAGAGACUGUCACAAUCAAUCCUCCGGCUGGAAAUCAGUGUGAUAUCGUGUUGUCUGCGUAUUCGUGCCCUGGAAGUGUCACACUUAGCUUCCCUGUCUACUUUACUGGACAGAUUACAGCACAUUACUUCAACGGAAACCCUGUGCCAGGUGCCGCAUCAGAAUACUACUUCUAUCCUGAUUUCCAAAGCGACAUCAUUCAACCGUAUGACUCAAUUUACCACACACUAAAUGCAAGUGACAUUGUUCAGCCCUUUACAUUCACUUUCGCAACCAACGGGGAAUAUACUGAACAAUGUGAAUGUGUGGACCCUUCAAUAUGUGGGUCAGGAGCAAGUACAGCCACAUCUACCUCAACCUCAAGUGCGCCUUCGCCAACGUAUACUCCAUCUUUAUCUUGUCCAACAAAUUUGCCGGUUGUGAAUGCAUGCAAUACGAACUUGCCAUCUUAUCUUUCGGAUCUCCAAUACGAUUCUAGUCAAUUCACGGCACACAACGUUACCAUCAAUCAACAACCAGCACAAGGUCAAGAGUUAUCAUUUGGACUUCAUCCGAUCACCUUUACGACUUCUACAAACGGUCAAACUUCUGCCACAUGUUCCAGUGCCCUUCAAAUCGUUCCGCCUUGGACAGCGGAAUUUGUUCCAAACACAUAUACAUUAACUUAUCCAAAUGAUGGGUCCGAUAUCAAUGGUGAGGAAUAUAUUAUUGGUUAUUAUGGACAAUGCGGAGCAAAUCAAUACGGUCAAUGUAGACUUGAAUCGGUCACAUCAGAAUUUGCUUCCAAUUUUGCCUACAAACAAACUUCUCCCGAUGGAGCAGCAUUCACCAUUCUAAACCUCUCUAAUGGUGGACAAGAAUGGCCUGCGAAGGACAUGUUAUCCUUUGUUAUCUCAUGCUUCGAUGCGUAUGGCAAUAAUGGUCAGGUAAUGGUUUAUCAACAGGCAACCAGAGCACCCGGAACAUUGGUGACCCAGACCGUUGAUGCAAAUACGGAUACAAUUACCCAACAGAGUACAACAUCCUUUUUAUAUACUUCGAUCGAGACAUUCAACAAAUUCACCACUACGCCAGCAACAACUGUCGAUUUAUUGACGGCAACACUUUAUACUGCCACCUCAAUCAGUUCUACCGAAACAAUUAUUGAAUAUGGUGCCACUCCGGUCACCUCUACAAUCUUUGUUCCUUCUACCACAGAGUUGACGGUUACCAAGACCAGUACGGCAACGCAAACGGGUGCUUCUAUAAGUUCAGAUGUCGUUACAGCUCUGACAACAUAUCCCCCUGUGACAGUGACGUCAUUUUCUACAAAACCAUCAUCAACCAUCACCGUCGGUUCCACGAUCACCGAUUUGAUCGUUGUCACAGAGACUGCAUCUCCAACGCCAUGUAAGCGUAGUGAUGCUUUGAAGCGUCGUAUGGAAAGAAGAAGUGCUCCAACGCCUACAAUCACCACCACAUACACGGACAAAAGUUUAACGGAGACUGUGACGGAUACAACGGACACAAAAGUUAUCUAUACCGAUGGAACUUUAAUCUCAACAGAUUACACCCAGAUCGAAACGGUUUUCGGUUCAAAGACAGUCACGAUCUAUGAACCUUAUGUCACCACAACCGUUGAAGGUGUCUUGACGACAAAUUCGAUCAAAAUUGUCGAUGCUUUAUCAACGAGUGUUACCGCAACACAAACGCUGACAUCGACUGACAUUGUAAAUUUUGAUCAGACAAUCACAGUUCCAAGUAUUACAACCGUUACACAAACACACGGCUCUACACCUACCGUCACCACCACAGUCGAUGUGACUUCAGGCGUAACAACAGUCACUGACCCCAACAUUCCUGCAAGUGCACCUCCGGUAGUCAAAUUUAGUACAACGACAAUCUAUCCAGCAUGUACCACAACAACGUCAUCAUCCUCCUCUUCCUCUACCUCCUCAUCCUCGUCCUCCUCUUCCUCUUCAGCCUCUUCCUCAACCUCCUCAUCCUCUUCUUCUUCAUCCCCAACGCCGUCCAAUGGUCUUCUUUCUAACGGUCUUUCUUGUCAUUCAAGUACUCAAUGUCAGAGUGGAAACUGUUAUCACAGAAAAUGUGCAGCAAAAAUGCAAUUAGGACAAACGGGAUGUUAUAAAUCGCAAGAUUGUAUCUCAGGCAAUUGUUACAAGUCCACAUGUGUACCCUUGAACGGUCAAGGAGUUACAGGAAAUCCUUGCAGAACUUCUGGACAAUGUCAAAAUGGACUAUUCUGCGAUCAUGAAUCAUGCUCUGCGAAACUUGGUUGGGGAGGAUCUUGUUAUAAAUCGGAAGGCUGUCUAAGCAAUAAAUGCAAUUGGGGUAAAUGCGCAUGA